GUCUGAGCAUGCGUGAGUCUGAGCAUGCAUGAGUGGAUCUGGGUACCACAAAGUGGACCUGAAGGUUUCCGUAGCCAUUUUGGCUCAAGCUGGGCGUCUCGGCAUCCCCCGUCAGCGCUGACCACGGUUGCUUGCCCUGGCUUGAUGCCGUUUGGGUGGAGCAGGACGACCCGCAUUGUUCCCAGCGAUUUAGAGAGUUCGGUGGUGGUACCGAAGGGGGUUCACGGUAAGCCGCAGAAGGAUGGCAAAGGGGUCGACCGAUUCGGUGAGCAUUGGGGCAUGAGCAGGGAGCAGUGUGAGGAGUUGCUUAUGCAAAUUCGUAUGGACCCUCAUUGGGAUCCAGACACGACCAUGUACACCUUUGUGAACGAUUACGUGAAGCCUCGUACCAUGGGGUCCGGUAUGGGCCUCGCGCUGUUGAUAAACCGCGAAAAGCCCUUGGAGGUGAACAAGAUGGUCUCCCAUUGCUGGGCCGAGAAUGUCGAGGAGUUUCUGGCACAGGUGAUCGGCUCCACUCGUGUUGGUGACGUGCUCUUCAUUUGCGCAUUUUCCAUCUAUCAGUGUGAGGACGGGGCUGGCCCCAGUAUUCAAGAACAAAUCGGGACAGUCCCCUCCGAGACCCCAUUCGGUCGUGUUCUCUCCAAUGUGAAGCGCCUAGACCAGCAGUCUGGCCCACUUUCCAGGCAUGUUGACGUCUUACAGUGGCUCCCCACUGCAUGUUUCUUGAUUUCGUUGUUGCUCUUGUUCGCCUAUCCGCUUUGGUUCUCCCGACUUCCCAAGCUGGAUGGGCAAUGCCAUGGAAUACUUCUCAGCAUCGACGGCAUCAAGCAUAAUGGUCACUACGCUGAUCACUUCGUGGAUCACACUGCAGGUCCAGCAAGAAUGUGUAAGUAUUCGGCCGCAGCUGACGCUGAAAUCUGUGGGACGUAUGUGGCAGAGCCGUGCCCGGAAUACGCGUGGCCUCUCCAAGUUGUGGGCCUUCUUUUCGCCUUGGCAGCCGCCGUCGCGAAGACUCUGCAGGUCUUGGGACCGUCACCUAGGGGGAUGGUCGUCGUACCGACACGGCAGGCGGACAUGUACAACAGGCUUUGGUGCGUCUAUGAAAUAUUCUUCGCAGCCGUCAAGGUCGGCAUACGUGUUGACAUUGCAAAGACGUUGAUCGCGUGUGGUGCUUGCACCUCAGAGAUGGCCAGAUGCUCGAACGAGGAUGACCAGCAGCGCCUCCAGGCAGAGAUCAAAGAAGCUGGUGGAUUUACUUGUGUCGACUCCGCCGUGUUGAGGGAGAGGAGGGAAGCGGAAUUCAAGAUCGCCUUGGGUUUUGCGUCGGCUUUUUUUUUAGGAGUGAUCGGAUCUGUGAGCAGCUUGAUGCUCUUGGGUGUCGAACCUGGCGCCGCCUUGGGCUUCUGCGUAGGCUAUGUAAUGGUGUGCGUGCCGGGAGCCAUCAUCAUAGCCAGAGUGCUCAUCCCGAUGCAGGGGUCCCUUACGAAAGCUCAGGCGCUGCGCUAUGGCUACCUCCUGCCGCUCGCGGUCUGUGGUGUCAGCUCUCUUUCUUUCGCUGUCCUCACCGAGACGUCGAGAGUGAGGUUGUGCGAAGCCAUCGUAAAUGCAGACGGGUCCUUCCAGGAAGUGUCUAACUGCCAGGCAUUCUGUGCUGGUCUGCAGAUUGGAACAACGAUUUUCAGCGGAUGUCAAAUCGGAGGCAUGGUCUUCAUCGUACGGCCCGUGCUUCUGCUCCCAGCAUGGGCCAAGCCACAAAUUCUGCAGCGAGCACAUCUUUGCGCAACGUGUUUUUCCAUGAUCAUGCUCACCAUCGUCGUCCGAUAUCUCGGAGCGUGGGGCCAGCACUUCGGGAAGCUCUUGCCGUGUGAGGACUACAUCGUGGUGUGUUUCUUGCUGUUCUCCUCCAUGUUUAUCUUCUACAUCUACGUCCCCAGCAUGCUUUCCGUCUUCAACGUGCACAUCAAGAAGCAGUGCGCGGGUGGUGCCCAGGACGCGCGCUUGAUCAGGCCGAAGCUGGGGCAGCGCUUGGUGUAUUUCUGGUCAUCUAGGGUGGAUCCCUGGCGCAAUCUCCCGGCCAUGCCCCCCGGGCUUGAUGGUCAGGCUAUGCCUAAUGAAUUGGCUUGCAGAGGCCUGGACGAAACGGUGUGGCAGGGGUGGCUGCAGAAGUUGAAGGAGGUCAAUACAGAGGCGUGGCGUCAUCCAAGCAUGUGGCUGUGGACAGGAUGGAACUUCGCGCUCUGGUGCCCUCUUAUUGUUGUGACACCUAUGUUUACGCUUUUGUAUGGGAUGUGGCCGAUCCUCCUCAUCCCUAGACUUAAGCAGCGGACGCCCUACCAGCGAGGUCUUAAGAAGUGGCUUGCUGACUUCAAUGAGGUGCUCGCCCCUCUUGGAAUGUGGGUCAAGGCACAGACGAUCAAGCGGGGUUCCUGCGAGUUGUCCUUCUUGUCGUUCGCGUUGACACCAGAGGAGUCUGUUUCUUUACAGGGCGAGCCUGUGAUCUGUGCCGGGGACAGCCUCUGCAUUCAAGGAGAUGGCAACUUCGUCGAUGAUGGGCGAUGCCUGCUUGAUCGUGGUCGCGUUGUUUGAGACAUUUUUGAUUGCAAUGCCAGUUUGUCGACACAGAGCCGCAGGGAUGCAGAUGUCGCUCUCGAUGCCAAUCGCGUUUGGGAGGUUCCAGCGGGAGUAUGUGUAGACAUUCUAGCCAAGCCGCACACGUACGAGGAUGGUGAGGCAUUUUACCUCGAGACACGGCGCAUGCGCGAUAUCGGUGAAGACCGCGCGCACCACCUCCGACAACGUGCUGCAUGGCUAAGUGCACCAUCUUCGCCGCUUUUUUUCCCGCAUUUAGGUCCACGCUAUGCUGGUCUCUGAGUGUAGAGCCACGUAGAUGCUGAUCUACGCACAUGUUUUGAUUCAUGAUUGUUUUGAUUCUGGUUCGCUCGUGUCUAUUGGUGGAUGCACUUUCGCGAGAACAGGCGCAGUGUAUCCACGCUCCCCGUGUACUCCGCCAACACGGCGGGGGUACCGCGUGCGAUUUUUUAUGAGCCCGCAGAGCAGGAACCACGGCAGGCACCCGCCAGGAGACGAGCGCGCAAGGUGCUAACCAGAUGUUAGGGGUGGUAUCUACUGGAUUCGAAAAUCGCCAAACUGUUGCCGUCGGUUGCCCUGUCUUUCGCCUCCUCCUCCACGUCCCUGGGCUCCUCCUCCUCACCCUCGUUUCUGUGUUCCUUGAUCACUGUGCCUGGUGUGCACUGCUCUAUGCCCGCCAGGUUUCCUCGCCGCGAGAGGUUUUCGCGUGGCGUGACUCGAGGGACGGGUGGACUGCCCACGCACGGUGCUGCCGCGGCUGGCCAAACCCGGGCAAUGACAGCUCCGACCCGGCAAGCCGCUGGCGCUGCGCCAGAUGCCGACCCCGUGAUCUUUGGUGUAGGAAAUGGUGACGAAGUGGACAAUGUGUGGAAGUGUAUAAUUCGCUGCAUCUGGGCAGCCCCAGCACGUGGGAUCCCCAGCAAAUCCAUGGGUUGCGUGAGCACAGGCUGUUUGUGAACUGCAAUUCUUGCCCUGUUAAACUGUCUCAAUUGUUUCCUUCUCCUUGUAAAUUUGGCUGAUGCAGGAGCGUUGAUCUCUCUCUCUCUCUUGGAUUGCCCUUGCGCUUUCUGUUAAUUCGCACUUCGGCGAUGCCACUCCCGCCUGCUCCGCCCCCGCUGCUGGCAAAAAAAAGUGGA